GGAGGAGCACAUCUGAGAUUCCAUGCUAAAAAUAGCCCAUGCUGCCAAUAUUAGCACUCGAACAGUAAAAACAGAAUCAGGCAAUGAGCUUGAAUUAAAGUACUUUGAUUACAAAUCCACUGGGUUUUCACCCUCAGAAACAGAUCUAAAAAAAGACUGUAUUGUCUCUGGAGAGUAUGAAGGUGGCCUUGAACUUUGGGAAGGAAAUGUUUGUCUCAUCAAGCAUCUACUUGAUACACAAAGUCAGUACUCCAACUCUGAAGAUCUCAGAGUGCUUGAUGUUGGGUGUGGGCAAGGCCAAGCAGGAGCAAUUCUACUAUCUGCAGGAGCUCAAGUGACAUUUCAAGAUUUCAAUAAGAACGUGAUUAGCGAUAUCACUCCUCUCUGCGUGAACGCAAAUCUAGAAACAUGGCAAAGCUCAUCCUCAAACAAGAAAGCACACUAUAUUUAUGGUGAUUGGGAGGAGCUCACAAAAGAAUGUUCUGGAGAAGAAAUUGAUAGAUAUGACCUUAUACUCACAGCUGACACUGUCUACAAUAAAAGCUAUUACCAAAAACUCUAUGAAUAUAUAAGAAUCAAUCUUAAAGAAAGCGGAACCUGACUCUGCUCUUGCCAAGCAUAUUACUACGGAUGAGGAGGUGGUGAGCAAGAAUACAUUGACUUCAGCGAUAAAUUUAAUGAGUUCGACAUCACCAAACUCCAAGAGUUCGAAGAUAACAACAGUAUCAAAAGAUGCGUCCUUGGCAUUAAAUGGAAGCCUGAAUCAUACACCACAAGUAAAGAAGUACCUCCUCCUCAAGAAGCAGAGACUGAAAAUUUCUUAUCAUUUUAGCAACAUCACAAAGAUUCAAUUCCAA